CCCGCCCCCCGGUGAGGCGCCGUGUGGGCGCCAUGUCGGACCGCACCGCCCUGGACAGCCUCAUCGAGAUGGGCUUCCCGCCGGCGCGCGCGGAGAAGGCUUUGACGCUGACCGGGAACCAGGGCAUUGAAUCUGCCAUGGACUGGCUGAUGGAGCACGAAGACGACGUGGACGCGGACGACGAGGCCCCGUCCCCCCCCGGGGGCCAUCCCUCGGGGCCCGGUUCUCCAGCCGAAGGGAGUGGCCGCCCGGAAGCGCCCGUGAGAGCCGAGGGAGAGGAGAAGCCGCCGCUCAGCGAGGAAGAGAAGAGAGAACAGACCAAGAGGAUGCUGGAACUGGUGGCCCAGAAGCAGCGGGAGCGGGGGGAGAGGGAGCAGCGGGAAGCGGUGGAGCGGGAACGCCAGCGCAGGAGGCAGGGGCAGGAGCUGUCGGCCGCCCGCCAGCGGCUGCAGGAGGAUGAGAUGCGCCGGGCGGCCGAGGAGCGCAGGAGGGAGCGGGCCGAGGAGACGGCGGCCAGGCAGCGAGUGCGAGAAAAGAUCGAGAGGGACAAAAUGGAGCGGGCCAAGAAGUUCGGCGGCGCCGGCCCCGGAGCGGCGGCGGCGGCGGCGGCAUCAUCCCCCGCGUCCGAGCCAGGCCCGGUGCCCUCCUCUCCCAGCCAGGAGCCGCCCACCAAGCGGGAGUACGACCAGUGCCGCAUUCAGGUGAGGCUGCCGGACGGGAGCUCCCUGACGCAGACGUUUCGGGCCCGCGAGCAGCUGGCGGCGGUGAGGCUGUACGUGGAGCUGCACCGCGGGGACGAGGCCGGGGGCGUCCAAGACCCCGUCCAGCUACUGAGCGGCUUCCCCCGCCGGGCCUUCUCGGAGGCCGACAUGGAGAGACCCCUCCAGGAACUGGGUUUGGUGCCUUCCGCCGUCCUCAUCGUGGCCAAGAAAUGCAGCAGCUGAAGCGUCCCCCGGCCCUUUCCCGUCCCCGGCCGCCGCCGUGGUCACCCGCCCCUUUCCCCGACAGAGCACUGACAGCCCCCCGAACGUAAUAAACGGAUCCUCCGAA